AUGUUUUUCUCGUUGGGAUGGGUGACAGCUCUAGUGGCUGGCAUUUUCUCCCUGCACUUUGUACAGAAACUGUGUUUCCCUUACUUUUGGAAAGAUGUUUUUUAUUUAGUGAAAGUCAUCCGAUACGGCGCACGUCUGGAGAUAUUCAAAAUUACUUCAAAAGUUGACACUAUCAUUGACAGAUUCGUCCAACAGGCAGAGCGAAUUCCCACAAAACCUUUCCUUAUAUACGAGGGAAUAACGUACACCUAUCAAGACAUUAACGAGCGGAGCAACAAAUUGGCCAAUAUCUUCCUCGAACAGGGCAAGUUGAAGAAAGGGGACUCCGUUGCGCUUCUGAUGAACAAUGAGCCCGACUUCAUUUGUGUUUGGUUCGGAUUGAUCAAACUCGGAUGUUCAGUGGCUUUUCUAAACACGAACAUUAAGUCAAGAUCGUUGCUACAUUGUUUCAACUGCUGUGGGGCCAAGACUCUUGUUGUUGGUGCAGGUAAACAUUAUAUAGUCUACAUGCAGUCGAUGAGUGUCGCUUACGCUGUUUCGGCCAAUCGGUAGUGUGACAUAAUAAUUAGAUAAUGCAUGCUAUUAGCCUACCACACGACCGCCGUAUUGUUUUAGAUGUAUUUAUUUAUUAAAUGUGUCAGUUAGAAAUUGAAUGGAAAAGCAACAAUUGUUCCCAAUAGUUGUAGGCCAGACCCAAUAUGUUUUGAACGCCUGGAAUGCUCCACCCAUCUGUCAUUCCAUACGGUAGCCUCCCGAGUGUUGUAAAACAGGGAUGCUCUAUCAAAUAUCCUUGUGUUUACUCCCCCCAAAAUCAUGAUGGAUAGUCAUGAACUGAAGUCCAAUUCUACGAAGUCCAGUUGGUGAUGCGAAUUUUGCCACCAUUGACCACCAGACAUACCCGACAUGAGUGAGCUUGUUAAGUCCAUAUGCCAUAUGGCCAUGUCACCAAGGAUGAAGCUUAUUAAGUUGACUGGGUCAAAUGCACAGUCACUGUAAAUUAUUCCUAUACGUUAUGGGCCGGUUUCCCAGACACACACAAAAAAAAUUAUGGAACAAAAAGCACUUCAUUGGAGAUUCUCCAUUGAGCAAUAUUUUUAGUCCAGGACUUUGUGGUCUCAUCGAACCAUGUGUAAAGCAGUCCGGUUCAUAAUAAUGGUAUUACCAUGUGUGCUAUAAUUCUAAAUGGCCCCAUACACUUUGUUUGAUCAGCAAUUAAUGUCUUCAUCAUAGACGCCGAACAUUUUAGUAGACGCUCUUAUCUGUUGCAUACAUUUUUGUACUGGUCCCACGUGGGAAUUGAACCCACAACCCCUGACGUUGCAAGCGUCAUCCUCUACCAACUGAUCCACACAGGACCAUAAUUCAGAUAGGGUUUAGUAAUAUAGCAGAGUAUUGACUUUUUCCAACGUAUCUAUGGUGCUGCUGUUGCCUGUCACUCGACUCUGUCUCAGUCUCCUCAAAUCUUCCUUAGUAGUUUCCAGUAUCUGCUAACUGUUUGGAUACCAAUUCAGCAUCUCAUUUGGGACAUUGAUAGUGAAUUUCCCACAGGUGAAUGUGUGGUCGUUUUUUUUCUGGCUGGUAUACAGCACGGUUGCUAUGGAGACAAGUCAUGUCUCAGCUUGGAUAUUGGUUAAAACUGUGAAAACUGUGAAAGACACAGUUUACUGUGAAAGACACACCAGAAUCCUGGAAGGAAUGAAGUCGAAAAUGAAGCCUAUUAAGACGUUUUUUUUUUUGUAUCAGAAAAUAUUAAAUGAGUUGUGUAAAGUUGAUCACUAUCAGCUAAAUUUGAACAUCGGACAUCAGGCACAAUGCUCUGUCUUAAAGAUGUAUUAAUGUAACUGCUUGAAGCUGUUCACUUCCCAAAUUCAGCGGUAGUUGAUGAUCCGUUUGGGAAAUUGCAGUACACUCAUAAGUUUAAUCAAACUGUCAUGUAGAGUGAUGUGUAGGGGUGUUUUUUUGUUGUUGGUAUUUCCAGCAUUAUCCACUAGGUAUGCUGCAGGUAGAAAAUCCUAGGAAUAUUUUAUUUAACUGACAAUCAAUCAAUCAAUGUGUGGUUGUGAGUGUUUGGUUUGGGGUGGCCUAAGCCAGGGGAGGUGGAGCUAUAUUAAUCUUAAUUGCACAAAGCCUAUUAUUUGGCAGGGAAUACUAUUUUUAGAUCAGUGACGCUACACCUCACUUUGCGCCAGCUGAUCCUCUCCAACAGACUCAGAAGUUGUAGCUAAAAAUGGGUCAAUACAAUGAAACCAACCAUGGAAGUAUGUUUUAGCAAAAUUGGGGGGUGUAGCCCUGACCGGGACUCGAUCCAAGGUCCAGCGAUUGUCAAGCGAGUUCAAUAUUUUUUUAUUUGAUCUUUAUUUAACUAGGCAAGUCAGUUAAGAACAAAUUCUUACUUACGGUGACGGCCUACCCCGGACGACGCUGGGCCAUUUGUCCGCCGCUCUAUGGGACUCCAAAUCACAGCCUGGAUUGUGGUACAGCCUGGAAUGGAACCAGGGUCUGUAGUGACACCUCUAGCACUGAGAUGCAGUGCCUUAGACCACUGCACCACUCGGGAGCCCCAAGAGGCAUAACGAGCCUUACUUUAAGGCAUUAUAAAGGCUCAGACAUUAGUCUUAAAGCAUUAUUACUGGCAGGCUUUAAAUAAAGUGUUACGGAGAUGUGCCCCUGCUGAUAGUAGUAAGGAGCCUUGUCUGAACUAGAACAGCCCAUAGCCUAGGGUGUGAGGCAGCAGUACUUCAUAGCCUAGGGUGUGAGGCAGCAGUACUUCAUAGCCUAGGGUGUGAGGCAGCAGUACUUCAUAGCCUAGGGUGUGAGGCAGCAGUACUUCAUAGCCUAGGGUGUGAGGCAGCAGUACAUCAUAGCCUACGGUGUGAGGCAGCAGUACUUCAUAGCCUAGGGUGUGAGGCAGCAGUACUUCAUAGCCUAGGGCGUGAGGCAGCUUUGAUGCACAAGUACACUCCCUGGACACUUGCUUGAGUGCCCGGUCCAAUUUUAAGAGUCUUUGUUAUGAAUUGGCCGGGGAAUCAAUCUCCCAACCUUCAAAUCUCAGGGCAGACAAUCUACCCGCUAGGCCACUGAGUUGUUGCUGCUCUGCUCUGAUGGACUCAGGUAAUUGUGGUUGGUCAUGGUGUUGACGGCUCAGGUUGUGGGUUUGAUACCUCAUGGGCCACUCAUUAGAAAUGUGUUAAGUGUAAAUCCCCUUGGCUAAAGACCAAAUGACCAUAUUAGGAUGACAACAUCCUAAACCUGCUGGGAAUAUCUCUCCCUCCCUGUACUACUGUUUCCAAUGCCUCUGGGUUUACUCAGAGGCCUAUGCUGAUACAGUUGAUGUCCUUCAUCAUCAGUGACAAUAUGUCAUUUAACGUACUUUGACAGUAUACAAUCCUCAUUUGAGAUUGUCAUGCAUUUCACACACAAGAUAAUGGAUUGAUGUCAAUGGAGGAGACAAUAUGCUUUGAAUAUACUGGUACAGCGUUAUCAGUGUGCACAAGCAAACCCUUCCCAUUUAUUGAACCUGGUCCCAGUCCCAGAUCUAUUUGGUGCAUGGACAAGGCAAUUAUUGAGUGAUUUGCCUUAUUGAAUCACUCAUUCACUUACAAUUAUUCCUCUCAGACCUGUUGGACUCCUUGGAGGACAUCUUGCCCGGACUCCAGGAGGACGGCAUCUCGGUGUGGGCCAUGAAGAACGAGAGCAGCCACACGGAGGUCCACACUCUACUGGAUAAGAUGCACCAGGCCUCGGACAAGCCCGCCCCGCCUGCCCUGAGGGCUGCCACCUCCCUCAAGGCCGCCACCCUCUACAUCUUUACCUCAGGAACCACUGGUACGUCUAUUACAUGUUCAUUUCUCAUUAGUUACACGUUAAAGGGGAAGUUCGGGAUUUUACAACUUGAUGUUAGACGGUUCCUCACCCCGAAGGUAGGCUAUGGGCCAGGAGAAACUGUAAAUCAUGGUUUGGUUUUCUAAACAGCCACUACAAACUUCAGCUAUCUUUAGCCACCACUAGCUAACAAUCAAUGGAAGUGAUGGUGGCAAAAUCACCUUUAAUUUCAAGCUGAACUUCCCCUUUAAUUACUCAUUAGUUCCAUGUUAAUUAUUUAUUAGUUGCAUGUUAAUUGAAUUAAUGACUCAUUAGUUAGCACUUAAUAUGAGUGUUUUCAUCCGAGGAGGCCCAUUAGUAAGUACAUUACAUUUUAGACAUUUACAUUUUAGUCAUUUAGCAGACGCUCUUAUCCAGAGCGACUUACAGGAGCAAUUAGGGUUAAGUGCCUUGCUCAAGGGCACAUUAACGUCAUUUAGCAGACGCUCUUAGCCAGAGCGACUCACAAAUUGGUGCGUUCACCCUAUAGCCAGUGGGAUAACCACUUUACAAUUGGGGGGGUGGUGGGGUGGGGUGGGGGGGGGGGGGGGGGAGAAGGAUUCCUUUAUCCUAUCCCAGGUAUUCCUUAAAGAGGUGGGGUUUCAAAUGUCUCCGGAAGUUGGUGAGUGACUCCGCUGUCCUGGCGUCGUGAGGGAGCUUGUUCCACCAUUGGGGUGCCAGAGCAGCGAACAGUUUUGACUGGGCUGAGCGGGAACUAUGCUUCCGCAGAGGAAGGGGAGCCAGCAGGCCAGAGGUGGAUGAGCGCAAUGCCCUCGUUUGGGUGUAGGGACUGAUCAGAGCCUGAAGGUACAGAGGUGCCGUUCCCCUCACUGCUCCAUAGGCAAGCACCAUGGUCUUGUAGCGGAUGCGAGCUUCAACUGGAAGCCAGUGGAGUGUGCGGAGGAGGGGGGUGACGUGAGAGAACUUGGGAAGGUUGAACACCAGACGGGCUGCGGCAUUCUGGAUGAGUUGUAGGGGUUUAAUGGCACAGGCAGGGAGGCCAGCCAACAGCGAGUUGCAGUAGUCCAGACGGGAGAUGACAAGUGCCUGGAUUAGGACCUGUGCCGCUUCCUGUGUAAGGCAGGGUCGUACUCUCCGAAUGUUGUAGAGCAUGAACCUGCAGGAGCGGGUCACCGCCUUGAUGUUGGCAGAGAACGACAGGGUGUUGUCCAGGGUCACGCCUAGGCUCUUCGCACUCUGGGAGGAGGACACAGCGGAGUUGUCAACCGUGAUGGCGAGAUCAUGGAACGGGCAGUCCUUCCCCGGGAGGAAGAGCAGCUCCGUCUUGCCAGGGUUCAGCUUGAGGUGGUGAUCCGUCAUCCAUACUGAUAUGUCUGCCAGACAUGCAGAGAUGCGAUUCGCCACCUGGUUAAGUACAUGAUUGUUAGUAUGCCUUCACCCUAAAUCAUGUUGAGUUGUUUUAGUUUUUUGGUGGAAAACCAACUUUUCACCCCUGCUAAACAGCUGAUUGUCCUCGAGGGAGGUCAGACUCAACUCUCGUGACUGAAUUAGUUUCUCAGUCAGGUUUCCAUCCAAUUGGCGACAGACUUUGAUUCAAAUAUUGAAAAAUCCACAUAAAAAUUAUACGCGCAUUUCCCCAUCAGAUAUGUGUUUCUAUCAAAUUGACUUGUUGCGGAUAAAAGGCUGUGCUUGAUGAUGUUGUGCACAUAAAAAUGUGUUUUGUGGUUCAAUUCCAAUGUACCGAAUAAAAAAUACAAGUUAACUGGGUUUCCAUAAAAAAUGUAUUCCACUGAUAUCUUGGUCACUAAAAAUUAUUGCGUUAUAUAGCGAAUGUGCCCACUGGUCUUGGCAAGUGCUCUCUAGCCAACAGCUCACAAAUACAGGAGGUAGAGCCUUCAUGAUGAGAUCAUUAUGGACAAAAGAGCGAGAUUAUUUGUAUUUGUCAAAUGGCAGCCAAGCAUCGAUGAUCACGUCACCAGAAUAAGACCCUCGAUAUUUAUUGGAAAGGAGCAUCAAGCUCAUCACCUUGCACUUUCACCACCCUGUGAAGAAUAUAACUUAUUUCAUCUGUAGCCCAAUAAACUGCACGGUUUCCCGAGUCGUAGUGGGAGGACCACGCAACGUAUCAUUGCGUGACUCCAAGUUUGCUUCGAUAUGAUGGUUAUUAUAUCAAUAUUUGCGCAUAAAAAUGUUUAUUUUACAGACACAAAAAGAUCCCACCUUGUCUAGCGUGUUUUGUUAUGUUGACAUUUGGAAAGUUUACCGACAAAUUUGCUGUUUUCAUCAGGCCUGUUGUGACAUUUUUUCUCCAACAUGUACUUCACUGAACAAAAAGGUUGGAUGGACUCAACUAACAUGGUGUUUAGAUGGGGGCUGACCGUCCUCAACUAACAUGGUGUUUAGAUGGGGGCUGACCGUCCUCAACUAACAUGGUGUUUAGAUGGGGGCUGACCGUCCUCAACUAACAUGGUGUUUAGAUGGGGGCUGACCGUCCUCAACUAACAUGGUGUUUAGAUGGGGGCUGACCGUCCUCAACUAACAUGGUGUUUAGAUGGGGGCUGACCGUCCUCAACUAACAUGGUGUUUAGAUGGGGGCUGACCGUCCUCAACUAACAUGGUGUUUAGAUGGGGGCUGACCGUCCUCAACUAACAUGGUGUUUAGAUGGGGGCUGACCGUCCUCAACUAACAUGGUGUUUAGAUGGGGGCUGACCGUCCUCAACUAACAUGGUGUUUAGAUGGGGGCUGACCGUCCUCAACUAACAUGGUGUUUAGAUGGGGGCUGACCGUCCUUUACCACAGUGGAAUGAUACAAUUAUAUCUGUCCAUCUUUUACCACAGUGGAACGAUACAAUGAUAUCUGACCAUCCUUUACCACAGUGGAACGAUACAAUGGUACAUUUUCAAAGUUGGAUAUGGAUAUUGCAGUCUGCAUGACAUUUAUAAAUCAAAUAGGUCGGGGUAGGUAUUUUUACAUGACGUGUAGGUCUAUGUUAUGGCAUGUUCCCAAGAGGACGAUCGAACUCCGCUUUGAGCUUUCAUAUUGAAAUGUGUUGCACACAGGAGCCAUUUUGCCGUGAACAGCCACCACACACCGGGGUGAAGUUUCCCCCUAGGUACAGAUCUAGGAUCAGCCUCCUCUCCCCCAAUCCUCACCUUUAACCAUUAGAGGGGAAAAUACUAAACCUACCCUAGAUCAGUGUCUAGGGGCAACUUCACCCUACAGUAACACAGUUAAGAGAGGCUAAGAGUGAAAGCCAUUGUGUGAAAACGUACAAUGUACUGGACUACGCUACACUGCCUGAUUCAGUUUGAAUAACAUUUUUUCCCGUGGGUUGUCGUAAUGUUGGUUGAUGGUUGUGUCGGUGUUGUUGCAGGUCUGCCUAAGGCUGCUGUAAUCACACAUCUCCAGGCCCUGAAGGCUGCAGCAGGGUUCUGGGCCUAUGGGGGGUCGGAAGAUGACGUGAUCUACAUCCCCCUGCCUCUCUACCACAGUGCAGCCUCUCUCAUCGGCAUCGGGGGAACCAUUGAGAUGGGUAAGGACAGCAGUACGGCUUUAGAACACUCUAUUGGCUCUGUUCCAAUACUUUAAAGAUGCUUCCUUCCUUUCAUAUUUCCUUCCUUCCUUCCUUCCUUCCUUCCUUAAUUUCAUAUUUCCUUCCUUCCUUCCUUUCAUAUUUCCUUCCUUCCUUCCUUCCUUUCAUAUUUCCUUCCUUCCUUCCUUCAUUUCAUAUUUCCUUCCUUCCUUCCUUCCUUCCUUCCUUCCUUCCUUCCUUCCUUCCUUCCUUCCUUCCUUCCUUCCUUCCUUCCUUCCUUCCUUCCUUCCUUCCUUCCUUCCUUCCUUUCAUAUUUCCUUCCUUCCUUCCUUUCAUAUUUCCUUCCUUCCGCCAGCAGCAUACAACCCUGCAUCCCACUGCUGGCUUGCCGCUGAAGCUAAGCAGGGUCAGUCCUGGUCGGUCCCUGGAUGGGGGACCAGCUGUAGCUGGAAGUGGUGUUGGAGGGCCAGUCGGGGGCCCUCUUCCCUCUGGUCUAAGGAGAUCCCAAUGCCUCAGGGCACUGAAGGGGACAUUGCCCUGUAUAGGGUGCGUCUUUCGGAUGGGACGUUAAAACGGGUUUCCUGACUCUCUGUGGUCACUAAAGACCCCAUGGCUCUUAUCGUAAGAGUAGGGGUGUUAACCCUGGAGUCCUGGCUAAAUUCACGAUCUGGCCCUCAUACCAUCAUCCCCAGCUUCCAAUUGGCUCAUUCAUCCCCUUUCAGUGGGUGAUGUUUGCACUUUCAGGACUAUUCUAUUGGUUUCUUUGUACGAGUCAAGCUUAAUCAAACUCAGCUUAUGUAUUUGAAAGAACACAUACUAUUUGAACCCAGGUCUGUAUAAUAGAUAUACACUGAGUGUACAAAACAUUAAGAACACCUGCUCUUUCCAUGACAUAGACUGACCAGGUGAAUCCAGGUGAAAGCUAUGAUAUCUUAUUGAUGUCACUUGUUAAAUCCACUUCAGUCAGUGUAGAUGAAGGGGAGGAGACAGGUUAAAGAAAUAUUGUUAAGCCUUGAGACAAGUGCCUUUGAACGGGGUAUGGUAGUAGGUGCCAGGCACACUGGUUUGUGUCAAGAACUGCAACGCUGCUGGGUUUUUCACGCUCAACAGUUUCCCGUGUGUAUCAGCCAACUUGACACGACUGUGGGAUGCAUUGGAGUCAACAUGGGCCAGCAAUGACUAAAAUGUAAAUAAAAAAUCAUUAUGAGCAGUCAAAAUGACUGCUUUAUUGGUUCUAAUGUCAAUAUUAGGAAGGUGUCCUUAAUGUUUUGUCCACUCAGUGUAAAAUGGUGUGUUGAGACUAGGCAUUACAUUUUUUCCUGUCCAAUUCUUCCAUAACAAAUACACGAUACAGUAGGUUUGUUUCUUAAGGAAAAGUUGUCUGAAUUAAGGCAGUUUUAGGACACACGGCUACAAUGAUGUACAUUGACUACAUUAAACGACUCAACUGAUGUGUUAUCUAGAGACGUGCACAGUCCUCACAGUCAAUAUAUUUAAAUAUAGACAGUAACAGCCAGGGCAACAUAAAACCGUUCAGUCUGGAUCAAAGUGGGCUUUUGUUCCCACACUCGUUAUGAAUUCUGAUUACAUACAUAAGGUAGAAACCAUCAUUUUGUCUUUCCUGCGUCAGUGUUGUCACUCUACCUAGUCCUGUUUCAAGAGUGCUUCCCUGGCUGCGUCCCAAAUGGCACCCUUUUCCUUAUAUAGUGCACUACUUUUGACCAGAGCCCUAAGAACCCUGUUAAAAAGUAGUGCACUACAUAGGGAAUAGGGUGCCAUUUGCUACUCAUCCGGUCUCUGUGUGUUUCUAAUGCCUCUGCAAUCACUGGCCAACCAUCGCUGGCCGACCCCAGCUGAUCCUUAAUUUCUCCUCAAUUAGCGUCUCAAUUAGUGCUUUCGGAGCAGGACGAGCAAACAGGCACGUCGUGUAAACUAGCAAGUUGCUACCGAGUAGACGGUCACUAUGAUGACGUCCACUCAGUGAAGGUUUCGGGCCCUUUGCGGUUGUAAGAAGACCGACAGUACAAGGCUGAGGAUACAGUGUUGCUGGUUAGAAAUGAUUUGUCAGAUGUGAAUGAUUUCCCUGAUUUUGGAGUACAAUUUGGUAACUUAAAGCAGAAUAUGCAAACACAAAAGACAAAAUGUUUUUUUUUUUUUAUACCACGGCAGCUGUGGCUUCAGACCUAUUUUUCUUUAUGAUUGGUGCACAUUUAUUCCAAGCAACAGCAAAGUUGACAAUACAACUUUCUCAUAAUGCACAUUUGCUGCCUGGAAAACCUUGGACAGGUCAAGGACCUCAGUCCAUAACACUCAGUCCACUUUUGUAGCAUAUUUACUUAGUGGCAACAAGAACACAACACUUGGUACUUUGUUACCUCUGACUAUCUCUGAAGGUCCUUCGAUUAGGCACCGCUUGUUGUUGUUCUGAGUGAGGGUUUACUAUAGUCUAUGUGGAUAGUGAGGGUUUAAUAAGGUCUGUGUGGAUAGUGAGGGUUUAAUAAGGUCUGUGUGGAUAGUGAGGGUUUAAUAUAGUCUGUGUGGAUAGUGAGGGUUUAAUAAGGUCUGUGUGGAUAGUGAGGGUUUACUAUAGUCUAUGUGGAUAGUGAGGGUUUAAUAAGGUCUGUGUGGAUAGUGAGGGUUUAAUAUAGUCUGUGUGGAUAGUGAGGGUUUAUUAAAGUCGGAAAUCGAACACACAACCUUUCAAUCUCAGGGCAGACACCCUAACCACAAGGCCACUGCGUUGGUUGUGUGGGUGCCUUAUUUUGCGCAGAGGGAGGGAGCUCCCGUUUGACUUUGUUCAUGGUGCCGGCCAGACUUGUUUUCUUUGACAGCAACUUGUUCUCCAAUGACAGUGAAGUUUAGAAGUUGUCCACGGUGACAUUUUCUCCCCUUACCAACGGAAGGUUCCAGAAGCCUCAUCACCACAUUCUCCGACACUCGCUCACCUGCUGCCCCAUGUGGAUAUUUUCCCAGAUAUUGAAAGCCAUUCAGCAUGUACAAUUACACACAAUCUCACUGGGUAGCCUACUCCAAGUAGGUCAGUGUACCGAUACGACUGGUUGGAUUUGGUGGACUGAUAUAGGAUAUGUACCAUUUAAAGAUUAUAAUUAGAAUGGAUCAAUACGAUAGAAUAGUCCACCCUGGUGAUUACAUAUUUAUGCGUCGUUCGUUUCCCCGUCGCUCAUCAACUCACCCAUUCUCUCCCAUCAUACUUUACUUCAUUUAUUUCAUCUGUUAUACUUUAUGUGUGAAAUUAGUUUUGGUAUAGUUUAGGUUCAGUUUCGAGGCAAUUACCGGGGUGAUUAUCAGCUGGGCACUGCACUUUCAACUGUUGGAAGAAGGAGCGGAGCAGGCCCUAUUGUUGGGAGAAGGAGGGGAGCAGGCCCUACUGUUGGGAGAAGGAGCGGAGCAGGCCCUACUGUUGGGAGAAGGAGGGGAGCAGGCCCUACUGUUGGGAGAAGGAGCGGAGCAGGCCCUACUGUUGGGAGAAGGAGGGGAGCAGGCCCUACUGUUGGGAGAAGGAGGGGAGCAGGCCCUACUGUUGGGAGAAGGAGGGGAGCAGGCCCUACUGUUGGGAGAAGGAGGGGCAACGGGGGAAAACCAUUACUUAAAAAAUAUAAGAGUAAUAAAUUAUAGUUCCGUGUAGCUCAGUUGGUAGAGCAUGGUGUUUGCAACGCCAGGGUUGUGGGUUCGUUUCCCACAGGGGACCAGUAUGAUUUUUAAAAAAAUGUAUACACUCACUAACUGUAAGUCGCUCUGGAUAAGAGCGUCUGCUAAAUGACUAAAAUGUAAAUACAAAUAAUUAUGAGCAGUCAAAAUGACUGCUUUAGCGGUUCUAAUGUUAAACGCUGUCCUAACCUGACUGCUUUAGCGGUUCUAAUGUUAAACGCUGUCCUAAUUUGACUGCUUUAGCGGUUCUAAUGUUAAACUCUGUCCUAACCUCACUGCUUUAGCGGUUCUAAUGUUAAACUCUGUCCUAACCUGACUGCUUUAGUGGUUCUAAUGUUAAACUCUGUCCUAACCUGACCGCUUUAGCGGUUCUAAUGUUAAACGCUGUCCUAACCUGACUGCUUUAGCGGUUCUAAUGUUAAACGCUGUCCUAACCUGACUGCUUUAGCGAUUCUAAUGUUAAACGCUGUCCUAACCUGACUGCUUUAGCGAUUCUAAUGUUAAACGCUGUCCUAACCUGACUGCUUUAGCGGUUCUAAUGUUAAACGCUGUCCUAACCUGACUGCUUUAGCGGUUCUAAUGUUAAACGCUGUCCUAACCUGACUGCUUUAGCGGUUCUAAUGUUAAACGCUGUCGUAACUCAUUGUAAGGGCUGUACAAUUAAAGGGUAAGUUCAGUAUUUUACAAUUUAAUGUCAGAUCUUAACCCUGUAAAUCUAAGCCUUUAGAUUGCAAUAUCUACUAAGCCAACAUAUAUAAUUGUUUUAAGAUGGUCAUAAAAUGGAUCUUUUUAGCUAUUUGAUUUUGAAUUGUGAAUUUUAGGUAUAAUUUAUUUUAUUACAAAAUGAUUUGAUGAAACAUUGAAUUUGGCCUUUACUGCUAUAGCCCAUAGAAACUCAUUGAAUAACCCAUUUGUACAUGGCAAAACACAGUCAAAAAAUAAAUCAUUAGGAAUAAGGUUUGGAAGUGUCUGUCCUAUAUCUAUCUGAGAGAUAUAGAAAACUAAGAAAAUAAUAAUUUAGUGAAGAUUUUCUUGUCUGGAUCCUCUCGCUUUUACAAGCCCCAUAUUAUGGAACAGGCGCAAACUUUAUGCCGGUGGAAAGAGGGGAUUUAGCUGCAGCCAACGGUGGGUCUCUCUAGGAUAAACACACAGGGAGCUAUUCAAGAUUCAAAAUGGCGUCACCAUGUGAUCAAUCGACUCUAGUAGACUAUGGGCCAACAGAAACUCUAAUCCAUACUUCGGUUUACUUUAAACAGCCACUACAAACUUCAGUUAACUGUAGGCACCGCUAGCAAAAAACCAAUGGGAGUGGUAGGGGCAGUUUAACUUAAUGUCGCUGUAUAAAGCGUUUAAAGGCAUUUUAUAAAGUAUUUGUCAAGCAUUUAUUUACAGCUUAUAAGCAAUAAGAUGCAUUAGAUCGAAGGAUUUACCUGUAUUUGAGGCAACCUAACUACUUCUUCAUGUGUGUAUAGUAAAUCUUAAAUCCGUAACAUUUUCCUACUAGGGAAUUGUCAGCUGAGUUUUCACCCUCCAUUCUUUCACCCUCCAUUCUUUCACCCUCCAUUCUUUCACCCUCCAUUCUUUCACCCUCCGUUCUUUCACCCUCCAUAUUCACUCAACACAGAUAUGGAUCAUGGCAGCUUUCUAACUCUGACAUUUUGUUAUAUUUCUCUCUGUGAUUAAACGUGUGCGUUGUUGUGUUUUCCCUGACCCAGGUGCUACCUGUGUCUUGAAGAAGAAGUUCUCGGCCUCACAGUUCUGGAAUGACUGUAGAAAAUACGACGUGACCAUCUUCCAGUAUAUCGGCGAGCUCUGUCGAUAUCUGUGCAACCAGCCUAAGGUAAUAAUUAUUCAUUUUAGCAUGGUUUGCCCCUUUUGCUCAGUACAGUCUUUAUGCUAGUUAAUUUUUCUUUCAGAGAGGUGUACAACUUUUACUUUUUUCUAAUUUGUUCCUGAGAAAUUCCCAUCACCACAAAACUCCCCCCCCCCCCCAACUUUUCAAAAAACAUCCUGAACUCCCAAUGCAAUAGCAUCACAAGCUGACGGGGAUUUGGUGAUUUUUUAAAUACAAUUUGUUCCAAUAACUCUACUUUUCCAAGGCAAGAUAGUUAUUUAUGGUCAUAGCUACUCCCCGAACAAAGUAGUGUUCGGAAAACAUUGUGCCCGAUUGUGUUGCAUUUUCGUGGCUGUAGGACAACGGGACUUUUGUUAGGUUGUCCGUGUUCCAAAUCUGUAUCUGUUUCCCGUCUCCUCCCUAUCUGGACAGAACAGUUCCAGUGGCUGACCAGGCCGAACAAGAGUACAGAGAGCUCAAAGAACUCUUUGUCCUCUCUCUCUCGCUCGCGCGCGCAGCGGAGGAGCGGGAGAGGGAGAGAGGGAGAGGGGGCGAGGGGAGACGCGAGAGCGAGGGAGGAGGGAGAGGGAGCAGAGAGAGCGAGCGAGAGGAGAGGCGGAGCGCGGGGGAGGGAGAGAGAGCAGGGCGCGCGAGAGAGGCGAGAGAGGAGGGAGAGCGAAGAGCGGAGCGUGAGAGAGGGCGCGAGAGAGGCGGAGGGGCGAGGGGAGAGAGUUGAGGCGAGAGAGCGGGAGAGAGUCGAGAGAGAGAGAGAGAGAGAGCGAGCGAGAGCAGAGGGGAGGGAUCGAGCGAAGCAGGAGGAGAGCGGAGAGAAGGGAGAGCUAGAGAGAGUAAUCUAGCUAGAGAUAGAGAGAGUAUCUCGAUAGCUCGCUAUUCUCUCUACCUGCUAUAUGCUCUCUGAGCCUCGAUUCUCUCUCUCUCUCUCUAUCUCUAUCUCUUCUCUCUCUCUCUCUCCUCUCUCUCUUCUCUCUCUCUCUCUCUCUCUGUUUCUGUCUCGGCCUCUCUGUCUCUGUCAUCCUAAUGCACGUGGGUGGAAGGCUGGCAGUGGCACAGGCCUCUCCACUGAUGGACAAAAGUUGACCCAUUCAAUGCGCACACAAACACACACACCCACCCACACACACACACACUCAGUCACAUUCAUUACAUGUGCUCUUGGUGCAUACACACAGGCCGUAUAUACUGUACACACAGGCCGUGAGGCCAUAGUGACCUAAAGCACAACUGUCUCACAACAAUCUCACAACAGCACAGAGGAAAAUUAACCACAAACAAAAAAGAAUACAAGGCACGCACACUCAAGCAUGGAACGGCAGGGUGUAGUGAUCAUGUGCCAACAGCGGGCCUCAUUAUUCUGUAAGGGGUCCAAACAGAUAUGAAUGGAUGAAGAUGAUAUUAUUCAGUCUGUCCUUGUGCUUCUCCAGUCUGGCGGUAAUUAUUGGAAAACAGAACGCGUGAACGGAUGAGCAAACGUGGGGUUGAUGUCUCAAACGUGGGGUUGAUGUCUCAAACGUGGGGUUGAUGUCUCAAACGUGGGGUUGAUGUCUCAAACGUGGGGUUGAUGUCUCAAACGUGGGGUUGAUGUCUCAAACGUGGGGUUGAUGUCUCAAACGUGGGGUUAAACGUGGGGUUGAUGUCUCAAACGUGGGGUUGAUGUCUCUCAUAGAAAAGCGUUGUGACACAGCCAGCUUCAGAAUGUGCUGGUGUGACUGGUUCUCUGUGUUAGCCUCCGCAGAGAGAGAUAUACAGUGCAUUUGGAAAGUAUUCGGACCCCUUCACUUUUUCCACAUUUUGUUACGUUACAGCCUUAUUUAAAAAUUAAUUAAAUUGUUUUUUCCCCCUCAUCAAUCUACACACAAUACCCCAUAAUGACAAAGUAAAACAGGUUUCUAGAGAUUUUUCCAAAUGUAUUACAUAAAAAACGGAAAUAUCACAUUUAUGAUAUCCAAUUGGUAGUUACAGUCUCGUACUAUCGCUGCAACUCCCAUACCUAUUCAGAAGAGAGCCAUGUGUCCUCCGAAACACGGAGGACGCAUGGCUAUUGGUCCAAGCCGCACUGCUUGCUUAACCCGGAAGCCAGCCACACCAAUGUGUUGGAGAAAACACUACAACUGGCGACCACGUCAGCGUGCAUGCGCCCGGGCCCGCCACAGGAGUCGCUAGAGUGCGAUUGGACAAGGACAUCCCGGCCAGCCAAACCCUCAUGAUGCUGGGCCAAUUGUGCGCCGCCUUUUUGAGGUCUCCCGGUCGCGGCCGGCUGCGACACAGCCAGGGAUCGAACCUGGGUCUGUAGUGACACCUCAAGUGCCUCUGACCGCUGCACCACUCGGGAGGCCUAAAGAAGGAUUUUAAGCCUUGAGACAGUUGAGACAUGGAUUAUGUAUGUGUGCCAUUCAGAGGGUGAAUGGGCAAGACAAAAUAUUUAAGUGCCUUUGAAUGGGGUAUGGUAGUAGGUACCAGGCGCAUUGGUUUGUGUCAAGAACUGCAACGCUGCUGGGUUUUUCCACGCUCAACAGUUUCACGUGUGUAUCAAGAAUGGUCCACCACUUAAAGGGCAUCCAGCCAAUUUAACACAACUGAGAAGCAUUGGAGUGAACAUGGGCCAGCAUCCCUGUGGAAUGCUUUCGACACCUUGUAGAGUCCACGCCCGACGAAUUGAGGCUGUUCUGAGGGCAAAGGGGGGUGCAACUCAAUAUUAGGAAGGUGUUCUUAAUGUUUUGUACACUCAGUGUAUAUCUGGACCAAUACCCUGCGUAGCUAUAGUUUUACAUGUCUGGAAAAGAAGAAGGUGAUCUUUCCAAAAAUUUCACAGUUUUGGUUGCUUGGUGAAUUACAGUAUUCAGAAAGACCAGAAGUGUAUAGUCAUGAGAUGGCGUACUUUACUGUCAUGUGCUGAAUGGAGAACUAUGUGUCCACCAGACCUGGGUUCAAAUACUAUUUGAAAUCAUUUCAAAUACUUUAUCUGUGCUUGGUUGAGUUUGCCUGACUCAAUGGACAAUUGAAUAGUCUCAAAACUGUAAGUCCUGCUCAUCUGGGACUCCAGGCAGGCCAGACCAAACGCUCAAAGUAUUUGAAAUAUUUCAAAUAGUAUUUGAACCCAGGUAUGGUGUCCACACAGUCAAUCUGAAACUUAACGAUGCCCAGCUGAUGGCCAGUGGUACUUUACCCCAGAAAAUCACCCAGGCUGCGUUCAGUACAUAAAAACGUAAUAGAACGUUAAAUUGAGCGGAAACGGUGCUGUACUGAACGACCAGUUGAAAAACGGGGUGGGGUUGGGGUUCAAAAUGUGGUUUUUGAAAAACUGUGGGGUUUGGGGUUGUGGGUUCAAAAUGCACCACUGCCCUUUAAAUAUGUCACUCGUUGCUUCAAGCCACUCCCCGAAAAACACCCACUGAACGGCGCAAACGUAUCUCAAAGUCUGUUCAAGAACGUACAAGAAUGUUUUGGGAAAACGUGUCGUUCAGUACAAACUGUUCCGCAACAUAGCAAACGUUCAAGCGAACUGAACACAUUCCUGAUUAGCAAUUAAUCCCAUGAUGAGAUAGUUGUACAAGGUCUUAUGAGCGAGCUCAACAAGAUGCGUCCCAAAUCCCCUAAAUAUUGCACAACUUUUGUCCAGUAGUGCACUAUGUAGGGCACAGGGUGCAGUUUGGGACGUAGCCCCUGUAUUAGUGAAAAAGGGUGCAGUUUGGGACGUAGCCCCUGUAUUAGUGAAAAAGGGGUGCAGUUUGGGACUUAGCCCCUGUAUUAGUGAAAAAGGGGUGCAGUUUGGGACUUAGCCCCUGUAUUAGUGAAAAAGGGGUGCAGUUUGGGACUUAGCCCCUGUAUUAGUGAAAAAAGGGGUGCAGUUUGGGACGUAGCCCCUGUAUUAGUGAAAAAGGGGUGCAGUUUGGGACGUAGCCCCUGUAUUAGUGAAAAAGGGGUGCAGUUUGGGACGUAGCCCCUGGAUUAGUGAAAAAGGGUGCCGUUUGGGACGUAGCCCCUGGAUUAGUGAAAAAGGGGUGUGUUGUCUGUCUCCUACUUUAUCACUUUUAUCGGUUGUUCCCUUUUAAUCCGAGUGAUGCUGUACGAUGAAGAAGUGUCCAUUGAAGUGAGGUUGAAGGGGUGCCCCAAUCCUAACCUUAAUCAUUAGUAGGGAAAAUGCAAAACUGAUCCAGGAUCAGUGUCUAGGGGGCAACUUCACCCUAAACACUGUAGCGCCAUGGACACUAGGGGGCAACUUCACCCUAAACACUGUAGCGCCAUGGACACUAGGGGGCAACUUCACCCUAAACACUGUAGCGCCAUGGACACUAGGGGGCAACUUCACCCUAAACACUGUAGCGCCAUGGACACUAGGGGGCAACUUCACCCUAAACACUGUAGCGCCAUGGACAAUGUUUUACUUCUUCUCUGAAUUAAUUAGCAUUAGAGAGCUGCACCGGGGUCAGGUUGUCUCCACACUUUCCAAAACCAAAUCAUUUUCUAUACGUCACAUACUUGGUAAACAAUAUGUGGAGACUUACAGUGAAACUUAUGGGCCCUUACGAACAAUGCAGAGAGAAAGAAACAUGGAGAAAUAAUAGAAAAGUAAUAACAGGUAAUAAUAAUAAUAAUAAUAAUAAUAAUAAUAAUAAUAAUAAUAAUAAUAAUAAAUCAUAAAAAAUACACAAUGAGUAACUCUAACUUGGCUAUAUACACGGGGUACCAGUUCACCUGGAGAAGAUUGACCCCAAGAGACACAUGAAAGAAGGGGUGUGUUAUGAUGAGCCUCUGUUGGUUGUCAUGGACAAAGUGGAGGUUUUAUUGGUAGAAACAGUAGGAUAAAUACACAUGUACAGUGCAUUCGGAAAGUAUUCAGACCCCUUGACUUUUUCCACAUUUUGUUACGUUACAGUCUUAUUCUAAAAUGGAGUAAAAAAAUUAUAAAAAAUCCCUCAUCGAUCUACACACAAUACCCCUUAAUGACAAAGCAACAAAAAAAAGAGUUUUUUGUGUACAAAUGUAUAAAGAAAUACAAAACUCAAAUAUCACAUUUACAUAAGUAUUCAGACCUUUUACUCAGUACUUUGUUGAAGCCCCUUUGGCAGCGAUUACAGCCUCGAGUCUUCUUGGGUGUGACGCUACAAGCUUGGCACACCUGUAUUUGGGGAUUUUCUCCCAUUCUUCUCUGCAGAUCCUCUCAAGCUCUGUCAGAUUGGAUGGGGAGUGUCGCUGCACAGCUAUUUUCAGUUCUCUCCAGAGAUGUUCGAUUGGGUUCAAGUCCAGGCUCUGGCUGGGCCACUGAAGGACAUUCAGAGAUUUGUCCCGAAGCCAUUCCUGCGUUGUCUUGGCUGUGUGCUUAGGGUUGUUGUCCUGACUAGUCUCCCAGUCCCUGCCGCUGAAAAACAUCCCCACAGCACGAUGCUGCCACCACCAUGCUUCACUGUAGGAAUGGUAUUGGCCAGGUGAUGAGCGGUGCCUGGUUUCCUCCAGACGUGACGCUUGGCAUUCAGGCCAAAGAGUUCAAUCUUGGUUUCAUCAGACCAGAUAAUCUUGUUUCUCAUGUUCUGAGAGUCCUUUAGGUGUCUUUUGGUUUUUAGUCCUUUAGGUGUCUGUCAUGUGCCCAUUUACUGAGGAGUGGCUUCUCUACCAUAAAGGCCUGAUUGGUGGAGUGCUGCAGAGAUGGUUGUCCUUCUGGAAGGUUCUCCCAUCUCCACAGAGGAAUUCUGGAGCUCUGUUAGAGUGACCAUCGGGUUCUUGUUCACCUCCCUGACCAAGACCUUCUCCCCCGAUUUCUCAGUUUGGCCGGGUGGCCAGCUCACUGUGUUCUUGGGGACCUUCGAUGCUGCAGAUAUUUUUUGGUACCCUUCCCCAGAUCUGUGCCUUGACACAAUCUUGUCUCUGAGCUCUACGGAUAAUUCCUUCGACAUCAUGGCUUGGUUUUUGCUCUAACAUGCAAUGUAAACUGUGGGACCUUAUAUAGACAGGUGUGUACCUUUCCAAAUCAUGUCCAAUCAAUUGAAUUUACCACAGGUGGACUCCAAUCAAGUUGUAGAAACAUCUCAAAGAUGAUCAAUGGAAACAGGAUGCACUUGAGCUCAAUUUCGAGUCUCAUAGCAAAGGGUCUGAAUACUUAUGUAAAUAAGAUAAUUUCUUUAUUACUUAAUGUUUUGCAAAAAAAAUCUAACAACCUGUUUUCGCUUUGUCAUUAUGGGGUAUUGUGUGUAGAUUGAUGAGAAAAAAAUUAUAUUUAAUCCAUUUUAAAAUAAGGCUGUAAUCUUAACAAAAUGUGGAAAAAGUCAAGGGGUCUGAAUACUGUCCGAAUGCACUGUACACACACACGCGCACACACGCGCACACACACACACACACACACACACACACACACACACACUGUAGCGCAAACAAUGCUGGGUGGGUAAAUGGGUGUUUUUGCAUGUCAUCAUAAACAGGACUACCAGGUUAUUCAGGCAAGGUGAUACAACCCCUUACAUCAGCCAAGACAUGCUCCAUUCAUGUGCUUUACAACUUAAAGGGGAAGUUCAGUAUUUUACUUGUUUUUUUUAUGGUUCCUCACCCUGAAAGUAGUGAAGGGGAGGAGCCAUCUAACGUUACGUUUUAAAAUACUGAACUUCCCCUUUAGACAGGUCCUAGUUUACUAGUGGAGUUGUUUUAUUGCAUUGGUCUUGGUGUAGGCUGAAGUUGCCUCUGGACACUGAUCUGGGGUCAGUUUUGUAUUUCUCCCACUAAUGGUUAAGGUUAGGAUCAGGGGAGGGGAGGCUGAUCCUAGAUCUGUAUCUAGGGGGAAACUUCACCCAGGACCCAUUUAUCCUUUUUCAUCCAUUUCCUGUCAUGCUCUCUUCCCACCAAAACCGACCUCCUUCUGCUCAUAAAUUAAAUAGUUGUUACCACAGUAUUCUUUUAUAUAUUUAACCUCUAUUUAAACAAGUCUUAUUGAGAUGAACUAUCUUUUUCCCAGAGGAGACUUGGCCAAAAGGCAUGAAAUACAAAACCGAGCCAGUAUAAGGAAUACACACCACGGUUAAAUAAAAACCAACAUUGAUGAUGACUUCAAGUAUUGAGAAUAUUCCUGAAGCAUUUUGUAACGUUAUUACCAAUUAUUCUUUAUAUUCACAGGCAAUUUCUACAAAAAAGGAGUAGAUCGGCAUCCAUAUAUGUAUUAUUUUACAUUUAAGUAAUUUAGCAGACGGUCUUAUCCAGAGCGACUUACAGUAGUGAGUGCAUACAUUUUUUCAUACUUUGUCAAACUGGUCCCCCCGUGGAAGUCGAACCCACAACUCUGGCGUUGCAAGCGCCAUGCUCUACCAACUGAACCAUUAACGGUAUAUUAUCGUCAACCAUGCUAUAUUAUUUACGGUGUUAGUUAUAAAUAGAGGCUCUGCUUGUAUCUAACAUGCCAUUGACUCCAUUUCCCAUCAGGCUGAGGGGGAGAAGGAGCACAAGGUACACAUGGCCGUGGGGAACGGGCUCCGGCAGGACGUGUGGCGGGAGUUCCACCGGCGCUUUGGCGAGAUCCGCAUGUGCGAGCUCUACGGGUCCACAGAGGGCAACCUGUGUUUCAUGAACCACAUCGGCAAGAUCGGAGCUGUGGGCCGCUCCAACUUCUUCUACAAGGUGAGAGGUUACAAUAUGUUUUUCCAACCUGGCAACCCCAUUGUAUGGAAAUUCAAAGCUGGCUUAUGUUUGAACAAAUUAAUUCUAGAUAACUAUGUAUUUUUUAAAUCAGAGUUUCCCCUUUAUGCAUUUUGCAGCGCCGCACCACCGAUGCUAAAUCGUGGCUGCCACUGCAAAAAAAAAUACAUUUUAUAAUACAAAUAUAUAUAUCUGCCACCGCUGUUGAAAAAUAUCCUAGCGGAAACACUGAUUGUAUCAUGCCCAACGUCGGCCCCCACUAGGGGCAUGUUUCCCAGACACCUAUUAAGGCUAGUCCUUGACAAAAAGAAACUGGAUGGAGAAUCUCUUUAGCCCUUGACAUGAUAGUACUAACAAACCUGGCCCCGAACAGAACAAGGGCAUUGGAUGCAAUGGAAUUCAUCCUAGUAGGAACUCACUUACUCAGACACCUAGAGAUAAUAUAACUAAUUAAUUAAUUAAUUAAGAAAUAUAAUACGAAAACAUGAACUAUUUAAUUGUUCUAAAUAAUGAUUACUGCCCUUGACUGAACAUUGGAUCCAGAAUAUUAGAAUGGUCUCUAAAUCCGAAAGUUAUUUUUUAAAGUUAAUUUAUCCUUAUAAACCCAACGCUGGUCCCUUCGCAAUUUCAAUAAUGGGCUGUCUCCUAAAUCAGUGUUUCCCAACCCUGGUCCUCGAUUACCCUCAACAGUACACAUUUUUAUUGUAGCCCUGGACAAGCACACCUGAUUCAACUUUUCAACUAAUCAUCAGCCCUCAAUGAGCUGAAUCAGGUGUGCUUGUCCAGGGCUACAACAAUAAUGUGUACUGUUGGGGGUACUGGAGGAUUGGAGAUGGGAAACACUGUCUUAAAUGACACACUAUUCCCUAUAUAGUGCACUACUUUUGACCAGAGUAGUGGACUAUAUAGGGGAUAGGGUGUCAUUUGGGACGCAGCCAUGGUCUUUAUUCCUCCUCAGUGUUUAUGACAUCAUGGACAUCACUAGAAAUACUAGUAGGAAAGGAAUCUGUGUCGUGCUUGUUUCACUCUGUACCAGUGUGUGUGUGUCUGUGGUGUGUUGUUUGUGUCAGUGUGUGCGUGUCUGUGGUGUGUUGUUUGUGUCAGUGUGUGUGUGUGUGUCUGUGGUGUGUUGUCAGUGUGUGUGUGUCUGUGGUGUGUUGUCUGUGUCAGUGUGUGCAUGUCUGUGGUGUGUUGUCUGUGUCAGUGUGUGUGUCUGGUGUGUUGUUUGUGUCAGUGUGUGUGCGUGUCUGUGGUGUGUUGUCAGUGUGUGUGCGUGUAUGUGGUGUGUUGUCUGUGUCAGUGUGUGUGUGUGUGUGUGUGUGUCUGUGGUGUGUUGUCUGUGUCUGUGGUGUGUUGUCUGUGUCAGUGUGUGUGUCUGUGGUGUGUUGUCUGUGUCAGUGUGUGUGUGUCUGUGGUGUGUUGUUUGUGUCAGUGUGUGUGUGUCUGUGGUGUGUUGUCUGUGUCAGUGUGUGUGUGUCUGUGGUGUGUUGUUUGUGUCAGUGUGUGUGUGUCUGUGGUGUGUUGUCUGUGUCAGUGUGUGUGUGUCUGUGGUGUGUUGUCUGUGUCAGUGUGUGUGUGUCUGUGGUGUGUUGUCUGUGUCAGUGUGUGUGUCUGUGGUGUGUUGUCUGUCAGUGUGUGUGCGUGUCUGUGGUGUGUUGUCUGUGUCAGUGUGUGUGUCUCUAGUGUGUUGUCUGUGUCAGUGUGUGUGUGUGUCUGUGGUGUGUUGUCUGUGUCAGUGUGUGUGUGUCUAUGGUGUGUUGUCUGUGUCAGUGUGUGUGUCUGUGGUGUGCUGUCUGUGUCAGUGUGUGUGCAUGUCUGUGGUCUGUUGUCAGUGUGUGUGUGUUUGUGGUGUGUUGUCUGUGGUGUGUUGUCUGUGUCAGUGUGUGUGUCUGUGGUGUGUUGUCUGUGUCAGUGUGUGUGUCUGUGGUGUGUUGUUUGUGUCAGUGUGUGUGUCUGUGGUGUGUUGUCUGUGUCAGUGUGUGUGUCUGUGGUGUGCUGUCUGUAUCUGUGUCUGUGUAUGCUGUGCUCCUGGCACUCAUCCAACAAGGAUCAAAGAUUACUGGGUUUACUAUGAGGUGAGCCAUAUUAGUUUAAAACAUGCCUGACUUCUCCCUAAGCGGUCUUAAUGCUCUCUCUCCUCCACACUGUAGAGAGAGAGAGAGAAACAGCAGAGUCAGUGUUGUUUGAAACAUGGGCCUUAAUGCUGUCUCCCCUCCACACUGUAGAGAGAGAGAGAGAAACAGCAGAGUCAGUGUUGUCUGAAACAUGGGCUCAGUUCAAAUACAAAAAGAAAAGCUGUCCUACCUUCCUUCCUUCA